AUCACUCUGACGCCUUUGUGUCGCUCCUGUAAACCCCCCUCCUCCUGUUGGACUGUCGCUGCCGAGGUUCGGCUGCAGCAGGAGAGGGGGCUCCAUCGGUGUCACGAAUCCGGAUUUCCCCCCAACCUUUUAUUUAUUUAUUUUUUUGCCGGCAGAGAGGGUGGGGAGGACCGGGGACAGGGUCAGUGGAAGAUUUCUCCCUGCUUGCAGAAGAACAAGCAGUAGCAGCUGGAUCUUAUGUGUCGAAGUAGGCCCACGGAUUUGCGUAAUAGCGGAACAUAUUUGGGGUGCGCUCCGGUCUGGUUGGACGGGUUACUAAUGGUCUGCUGGAGCGUGUCACUACCCCACUGCCACGGCUGGUGAUCGGAUGAGUGAAGCCAAUGUAAAUCCAGCUGCCGUCCAGGUCUGUCCUCGUUACCUGCAGACUGUUUUGCUGCCGCUGCUGCUUUACCUCAGGUUGCCUCUCCUUCUUCACACAUUAGUGUUCAGAGAGAGUCCUGUCUGCACACCAUCAGUCAGUUUUCUCCUUUGUUGGUGUCUUCUGAUGGAUGAAUAUGUCCACUUCUAAUAAUAUCGCCCAGGCCAGGAAACUGGUGGAGCAGCUGAGGAUUGAGGCAGGGUUUGAACGCAUUAAGGUGUCUAAAGCAGCAGCGGACCUGAUGAGUUACUGUGAGCAACACGCUCGUAGCGACCCACUGCUGGUUGGCGUGCCCACCUCUGAAAACCCUUUCAAGGACAAGAAACCUUGCAUCAUCCUAUAGCUCCAUAGCUGCUUUUUAGCUCUCAAAGACAUACAGACAAACACGAAUACAUACACACAUACAUAAAACAGAUGCACCUAUUAACAUAGGCUUACACAUGAAAGUUAGCAUUUACAAUAAAAAUCAGUCCCUACACUCUCUCAGAUAUCAAGAAACCCUAUCUGACAUUUUAGGGCUACAAAUUCAAUCACUAUAAAUUUAGCAACUUUGAAACAGUGCCACAACCCAGAACCACCAGUAGGGGGCAGGUAUCUUGCCCCUUACAGUGUGAUAUCAGUUAGAUACAGAGUAUGGUCCAAGGUGCUUUGGUAUUAUCCCCAUAUGCUGGUGAAUUAAGAACUGUUUAUCAUAAAAAAGGAUUUUUGACCUUAACAGUCAGUAAAAAGCUGUUUCUUUUCCAUCACUGGUCAUGAAGCGAGGUGUUGGGUAAACGAUGGGCAGCUGCUACACAGGCAGGCAGUGGGAAGAAGCAUGUGGGAAACACAAAUGAGUGGUAGGCGCAAAGCCAACCGUGCCAAACACGACACAGUGUCGCAUUGAAAAGCCCAAUAAAUGCUUAUUUUUCUGCGGAAACUUAAAAAAA